AUGCCUUCAAGUACUCCCACAGAAGCUGCGUCGGGGCUGAAGCCCGUUCUGAAAUCUUUGGCCGACGACCAGGAAAACAAGACAACUCCUCCUCAUCCCACUUCUGGCCCCUCGACUUCUAAAGCCGUACAAAUCGCCGACCCCGAGCCAGAAGCUACGCAAGCUGACGAAAACCUGAACCGAAAAAGAUUUAAUGCUGGUCUAGGGUCCAAGAGGCUCAGUGGUCGAAUGCCUGUUUCAGCUACCUCCUCCAAGUCCUCCCUCGUCAGCCCGGCGAGCACGGAGGACCCACCGUCUCGGCACGGCGACGGUGCUCAAACCCCUUCCAUUGCACUCUCGUCCUCUUCCGCCACCCUCAACUCCGUAGCCAAUUCAAGUAGCGACGCGACGGCUGGCCCUGCUGCCAUGUCUGCGUCAGCCCCGAAUCUCCUACAGACGGCGUCUCAAGGGCGACAUAAGCUCCAGUCCGCUGAAUUUCUGCUGGCGCGAGUCGGAGAAUGGCUGGAUCGCGAGCGAAAAAGGCUCCGACGGGGCCACACGAAAUCGCUCCAGCUUCAGCGGCUUCAGUCGUCCGACACAGACCAGCUCGAUGUCGAUAUUGUCGUACCUUCAUGUGAGGCCGUGCUCGACAACUCCAAGGCCAUGAGCUACAGUGGUGGGAACGCCAGCACCGAAGAUCUCUCCAGUGCGUCGUCCCUGCGUAAGCGAGAAGCCAAGGGCCGCCAGGCCUGGCUAGUCUUCAAGAACGAGGUUAUUCGGCUCGCGCAUACCCUCAAGCUCAAGGGCUGGAGAUCGGAGUCGGAUCUUGUCGAGGUCAACCCGCCGAGCGGUACUACGACGCCUACCGGGAAGAAGCUCCCCAAGAAACUGCUCCUUCGCAUUUACGGGCCCCACGUCGACCAGCUGAUCGAUCGCGAGUCCGAGCUGGCCGUUCUUCACCGACUUGCCAAGAAAAAGAUUGGGCCCCGGAUGCUGGGUACUUUUACCAACGGCCGAUUCGAAGAGUAUUUCAACGCCUCACCCCUCAACCCGAGGGACCUGCGCGAUCCCGAGACCUCGAAACAGAUUGCGAAACGGAUGCGGGAGCUCCACGACGGUGUAGAGCUCUUAGAAUCGGAGAGGGAGAGCGGCCCGAAUGUUUGGCGGAACUGGGACCGUUGGUUCACCAAUGUCGAGAAGCGCGCAUCUGCUCUCGACGAGCUGCUCUUGUCGGGCGAAGCCACACCUAGCGGCACCAUUGAGGGCUGGAGGAUACGGGGCCAUGCCUGCGGCGUUUCCUGGCCGAAAUUCAGGGAGAUUGUUGGCAAGUACCGGGAGCAUCUUGACAAGUUUUACGGCGAGGGGAACCUGCUGAGAGACCGCCUCACGUUUGCGCAUAACGAUACACAAUAUGGCAACAUCCUCCGAGUCCGACCCGACGACCAGAAAUCGCCGCUUCUCCAGCCUGCCAACAAGCACAAGCAAUUAAUCGUCAUCGAUUUUGAAUACGCGGCCGCCAAUGUCGUAGGCCUCGAGUUUGCCAAUCAUUUCACUGAGUGGUGCUACAACUACCACGAUGCUACUGCCCCCUUUGCCUGCGAUUCGACCAAGUACCCCACGCCGGAGGAGCAACACCGGUUUAUCAAGGCCUAUGUUGACCAUCGGCCUCAGUUCCCGCACGCGGGAUCCACGCCCAGGCUCACUCCACUCGACACGCCCCAGCUGCCGCACACCAACUCGGCGAGCUCUAUCGUGGACUUCAUGCUUGACGCGCGCAACUCCUCGUACAGUAACUGGCGGGACGAGGAGAAGAUGCGGGACGAGGAAAGCGAGGACAGGGUAAAGGAGCUACUCGAUGAAACGAGGUUAUGGAGGGCAGCGAACAGCGCUCAAUGGGUAGCCUGGGGUAUCGUGCAAGCCCAGAUGCCCGGAGCGGCCAAAGAGGAGUCCAAAGAACAGCCCGCGGAAGGCAGUGCUGAGGAUGACGCGACAAGUGCCCAUUCUGGGGAGGGUUCGGAGGACGAUGAGUUUGAUUACAUUGGCUAUGCCCAAGAUAGGGCUUUCUUCUUCUUGGGAGAUUGUGUCCAGAUGGGCAUCGUCGCCCCGGAUGAGCUUCCAGAGAGCGUGAGGCAGAUGCUCAAGAUUGUCGAGUUCUAA